AUGGACACAAUCGCAGCACUCUGGAACGCCAACACCCCAGAAGCGGCAGACGCCUUGCUUCAAAGAACCAACACCCAACCCCUCCGCAUACAAAAUUUUGUGGACAAUGAGUUUCAACAGCUCUCUCCAUCCGCCACUUGCAUGGACUCGUAUAACCCUCGAACCGGCAAGCCCCUUAUUCAAGUCCCGUGUAGCUCUCACGCGGAUGUGCACGAAGCCGUGGAUGCAGCAGCCAGGGCAUUCCCUUCCUGGUCUCAAACCCCGAGACGCGAAAGAAGCCGGCUGUUGCAGAAAGUUGCGGAUCUUAUUGAGGAGAAUAAGCUUAUGCUUGCGCUGUGGGAGAGCAUAGAUCAAGGGAAGACGAUAAGUCGCGCCAUAGCUGAGAUUGAGAGAGCGGCAUCAAACUUUAGUUAUUUUGCCCAGUUCAUUCUCUCUGAAGAAGGGACAGUUCGAUACGUAGAUGGCGAGUCACCAAUUAUGGCAUAUGAGCACCGAUCGCCGGUUGGUGUUUUCGGACUCAUCACACCGUGGAACAUGCCGCUGUAUCUUUUGACUUGGAAAAUUGCGCCUUGCCUAGCAUUUGGAUGUGUUGCAGUUGCGAAACCAAGUGAAGUGACCAGCGUGACGGCAUUCCUACUAUGCGAAAUAUUCCGCCAAGCCAAACUACCCCCCGGAGUCAUCAACAUGGUAUUCGGCAAAGGCGCAUCAGCAGGCUCAGCCCUCGUCAACUCCCCAAAAGUCCGCGGCAUCUCAUUCACAGGCGGUCUAAGCACCGGAAUACGCAUCCGUCAAGACACAGCCGCUGACAUCGGCAAACACAUCUCCCUGGAACUCGGCGGCAAAAACCCCAACCUGAUUUUCGAAGACGUCGACAUGAGCAAGGCAGUUCCUCUCGCUGCAAGAGCCGCCUUCGAAAACAGCGGCCAGAUCUGCCUGUGUGGAUCGAGAAUCUACAUCCAUCGCUCUCGGUAUGAAGAGUUCAUCACCGCAUUUGUGGACUACGUGAAGCAGAGUUAUAGAUGCGGUGAGACGCUGGGGCCGGUCGUCUCCAAGGAACAUUAUUCCAAGAUACGGGCGUAUUUGGCUUUGGCACAAAGAGACUCUGCUACGUUUCACCUAGGCUCUGUUCCUGAAAAAGACCCCCAGGGAGGUUAUUGGAUAUCACCUGUGAUAUUGACGGGACUUUCGCAAGAGAGCCAGGUUAUUCAAGAGGAGAUUUUCGGUCCGGUGGUGACGGUGUCUAUGUUUGACACGGAAGAGGAAGCUAUUGCUCUGGCUAACGACAAUGCAAAUGGCCUGGCGGCGGUGGUCAUGACGAAUGAUGUGUCGAGGAUGAGACGCGUUGGAGAGCGAAUUGAUGCGGGAUUAGUUUGGGCUAAUUGCUGGCUGGUGAGAGAGUUGGGCACGUCGUUUGGCGGCAUGAAGGCGAGUGGCGUGGGAAGAGAGGGUGGUUUGCAGAGUAGGGACGUUUUUACGAAUUUGAGGACGGUGCAUGUACCAUCACGUUGGUAG